GGGGGGAACGGGAGAGUCGGGGUGGCCGUUCCGUGGCCCUCUCCCUUCUGUGCGUAAGAUCCGGCCUGGGGAAAGGGAUGAAUGUUAAUUUCAAAGAUGGCGGCGGAGGGAGGAGGGAAGGAGAUGAACGAAAUUAAAACUCAGUUCACCACUCGGGAAGGCGUCUACAAACUCCUCACUCACUCCGAAUACAGCCGUCCUAACAGGGUGCCUUUCAACUCGCAGGGCUCCAACCCCGUCAAGGUCUCCUUCGUGAACGUCAACGACCAGUCGGGCAACGGAGACAGGAUCUGCUUCAAUGUGGGCCGUGAGCUCUACUUCUACAUCUACAAAGGCGUUAGAAAGGCUGCGGACCUGAGCAAGCCUAUAGACAAGCGCAUCUACAAGGGAACGCAGCCGACCUGUCAUGACUUCAACCACCUCACAGCCACAGCAGAGAGUGUGUCCCUGCUAGUGGGUUUUUCAGCAGGACAAGUACAGCUCAUUGACCCAAUCAAGAAGGAGACGAGCAAGCUCUUCAAUGAGGAGAGACUAAUAGACAAGUCCAGAGUGACAUGCGUAAAGUGGGUACCAGGCUCUGAGAGCCUGUUUCUGGUCUCUCAUGCCAGUGGCAAUAUGUACCUGUACAACGUGGAGCAUACUUGUGGCACCACAGCACCUCACUACCAACUGCUUAAACAGGGAGAGAACUACUCUGUUCACACCUGUAAGAGUAAAUCCACGAGGAACCCUCUCCUUAAAUGGACAGUGGGUGAGGGUGCUUUGAAUGAGUUUGCCUUCUCUCCUGAUGGAAAGUUCCUAGCCUGUGUUAGCCAAGAUGGAUUCCUACGAGUCUUCAACUUUGACGCGGUUGAGCUUCAUGGCACCAUGAAGAGCUACUUUGGUGGCUUGUUGUGUGUCUGCUGGAGCCCUGAUGGAAAGUACAUAGUUGCAGGCGGAGAGGACGAUCUAGUGACUGUUUGGUCGUUCUUGGACUGCAGAGUCAUUGCUCGAGGUCACGGGCACAAGUCGUGGGUGAGUGUGGUGGCAUUCGACCACUACACCACCAGCGUGGAGGAAAGCGACCCAAUGGAGUUCAGCGGCAGCGAUGAGGACUUCCAGGAUCAGAUGAUUCACUUCGGACGAGACCGGGCCAACAGUACGCAGUCUCGACUUUCCAAGCGCAACUCCACAGACAGCCGACCUGUUAGCGUCACAUACCGGUUCGGCUCAGUCGGUCAGGACACUCAGCUGUGCCUAUGGGACCUCACUGAGGACAUCCUUUUCCCCCAUCUCCCUCUUUCACGGACACGAACACAUACUAACGUGAUGAAUGCAACCAGCCCCCCUGCGGGUGCUACAAUAAUCACUAACACCUCUAGUAACACUACUAAUGGAAACAACAGCGGUGCCAAUACUCCCGGCCUAAACUCCCUCUCUACCACAUUACCACGCUCCAACAGCCUACCCCAUUCGGCCGCCACCACGGCAACAGCAAACAACACCAAUAAGGCUAGCAGUGGUGGCGGCAUUGGCAGUGGUAUUAUGGACAGUGCCAUCGCUACAGGUGUGAGUAAGUUUGCCACACUGUCACUCCAUGACCGGAAGGAGCGCCACCACGAGAAGGACCACAAACGCAACCACAGCAUGGGGCACAUCAGCAGCAAGAGCAGCGACAAGCUCAACCUGCUGACAAAAACCAAAACAGACCCUGCUAAGACUCUGGGCACUCUGCUGUGCCCUCGCAUGGAGGAUGUGCCCCUCCUUGAGCCCCUCAUCUGUAAAAAGAUAGCACACGAGAGACUGACUGUACUCAUAUUUUUAGAGGACUGUUUAGUGACUGCUUGUCAGGAGGGAUUUAUUUGCACAUGGGCGAGGCCAGGCAAAGUGGGUUUAUUGUCAUCCCAAAACCAAGCCAGCUCUCCCAGUGGAACAGUAGUAUAGCCACAAUAUUUCUGCUGCUAAAGAACCCUGCAACCCAGAGUCUGAUGCUGCUCUUCACCCUGCAAGCAUUGCAAGUUUUCCUUUUCUUUUACACCCCCCCCCCCCCCCCCCCCCCGGAUUUUUGUUGAUGGCUUUUCUGUUUUCGUUUUAUCACUCACUUGACCUAGAGGAGGAAUGAAGCAAGAAAAGGUGUGGUGCAAUUGUGGACUAAUGUGCUAUUAUGUUCUCUGGAGUUUUAACACAUUUUUAGAUUUUUUAAAAAUCUUUCAUGUCAGAUCUCAUCAGACUGUUGUCCCCUCUGGAAAUUAAGCUUGGCUUUGUUAGAUGCAAACCAGACAAUUGUGGCUUGAGAUUGAAUGGAUAGCUCAUCCAAUUUUCGUAAUCCAUUUGUAGUCCAGUUGGUGGCUAAGGGUUACUGAAAAAAAUUAGAAUUUUGGGUGAACUAUCCCUUUAUAACCAAGUGCGUUAGCAUCUGAAAAUGUUUGCAUCCAUCCACAUUAACCCACCGCCUCUGUCUUUUCUUGAGUAUACUCUCCCCAUCUCAAUGACUUUGCACUGAUUUUGUUAGCUACUAUGUUGUUUGUUUUUAUAACCUCUCUAAUGGAACAAAAAAAAUGGGUUGAGGACUGCCUUGUUGCGCUCGGCUUUGACAUCCUCAGUCUUGAAAUCUGAAUCUAUAAAGCUGGAUGCUGCAAUCAUAGUCUUUUAAAGGAAAAAAAAAAAGUUUGCACUUAAAUUAGUUUAUUAGAAGAAAAUGGCUUUACAUUUUUGGGUGUGCUCAGAACUCACAGAUUGCUAAUACAGUAGGUGAAGAAAAUGAUAAAAACUAUUAAAACCUUUAUCUAUUGAGCAUUUAUUUUAAUAUUAUUUCAGAUUCAAAUCUGCUCUGUAUCAUAAUGUGUAUAUUGUAAUUAAUUGAUUUAAUGGGGGCCUAAGCAAACUACCAUUACUCCAGUGGAAGUUUUGUCAUUGAUAGUUAUAUUUCUAAAGCCUAAAGUAUACAUAUUAAUAAUAUUAAAAUAAUCUUGAAUACACUGUUUUCUCCUCUUCUUUUGUGUUCACCCUUAUGUUCUGUAUUGACACAACAAAGCUGUGAAGCCUUGGGCAUAAGAAUUGCUGACAUUUUAAAAUAAAACUACCUCAGUUCAAGCAAAAAAAAAGGUAGUAACACUAAUACGAACUCUCUUAAUGUCAUGGUUUCAAGAAAACAUUGGAAUUAUAUACAUUGAAUUUAUAUCUUCUAAUUGUCUUGUGAGAAUAUUUUGAGAAAAUCCCACAGAAUGAGAAGAAAAGAGUCUUUGUCUGUUGACUGCAGUAUUCAUGUAUUUAUUCGUGUUUGAUUACCAAACAUCAAAUAGUCCAGUGACCCAUACAUUAGUUGGUGAAGCACAUAUUUAAACAGAUUACAUUUUCCCCUUUAUUAUUCAUCAAAAAACAUCAGGAAUUCUCAUUAAUUUGAUCUAACAUUUGUGUGUCAGGGCAUUAAACAUACACGGUUGAGGAGAUUCAGGUUUUUACUUUGAAGGUUCAAUAACAUCAAAGUUAGGUGUCUGUCAACAUUUCUUUAUUUUUGUCUUCAGACUGAGUCACUGUCCACUUUGAAGAGCUCUCAGCUCUAAAUGAAACUGUGUUUUUUUUAAAGCCACAGUACAAGGUAGUGACGAGAGGGUACUGGCCAAGCAACAUACCAAACAAAUGAUUCUCAGGCCCAGUCUGCAAGUUUUGACCAACAGUUGUCAUAUACAAGGUAGUCUUACGCAAGUGGAGGGGGGUAAAGUCUGGUAGAUUAGAUGAACCAUGUGCCUUGAAAUGAUUCUUCCUAUGACUGUUGUGGCUUAUAAUUUUCAAUUCACUCCACUGAAAUUGUCGGUUUCCUUUUUGUACUACAAGACCGCUGCCCUUCAGACCAGUUUGUCCUGAGGAAUCCUUUCACAGCUAUUAAAAAGAUACACAGUGCUUCUCUAAGGAAAUCAAACCCACUCAAAACUCACUCUACCAUUGUAAUUUCCAGCUUAAUUAAAGCUCCUGUGUGUGAUUUUA